AUGGAUGCUUUUUCCUCGGCGGAAGCGAAGCGAUUUCGGCAGAGGAUGAUCUUCCACUGCGCGACAACGGUGGGCUUCACGUGUGCUGUCUACUUGAUGGGAGUGCUGCGGGCAGUUCUCGAGCCCUUCUUUUGGGCUCUCUUCCUGGUCACCGCGCUGGUGCCGUUAGCUAGGUGGGACACUGGCGAACUUGCUUUGGUUGAUCGCGUCAUGUUGGAGAGCUUGGGCAAAUCAGAGGACCUCAGCUCCAGCGAGCCUGCCGAGAGCAUCUUUGUGGAGGUAACUCUUCACGGUCUCAAAGGCUUGCCUCAGGAGCUGGUGUCCAAUGCAGUGGCACAGCUUUCCGGAGGAGAGGGGCUAAGAUGCCAGGCAGUCGCUCGGGUCGGUGCAGAGCAAGCCAGAUCGGAGUGGCUGCCUUUGCAGAGAGAGAUGUGGAAGGCGAACCCGAAUUCCGUCGGCAGCGGUGAGGUGACGUGGGAAGGAAUUUGGGAAUCGACCGGUGUCCUGAACCUCUGCAUUCCCUCCAAUACCCAGACAAUCACGGUGGAAUUGUGGCUACCCGGUCAGAAACAGGCAAUGGCGACCGCUAACAUCCGCAUGGGAGCUAGCAGGCAAGCGUGGAAGUUUGACAGUGGCGGCUUUUUGGAGGCUGAAGCAAAUGGAGGUGCCAAACGCAAAGGCAACAGGAUGUCCCCCAGGAUGGCGUCCCUGGAAUCUGGCGACCGGCUCAAGUUCAUCACUCCCCAGGCGAGCACCAUCAGCAAACUUCGGAAGUUGUUCAGGGUGCGCGAUGAAGCGGCCAAGGUGGUGAUGGCUCGAGACCUUGCCAACGCGCUGAAGACGACGAUGCACAGGCACAAGCACCUGCAAGUGCCCUUGGAGCAGACACAACUCGAGGAAGUGAUGCACAAGCUGAAGGACGUCCAUUCCGAAGCCUUUGAUACCGAGCCGGUGAAACCGGGCUCCCAUGGGCCUUCGAUCAUGCCUUGGAAGGGAUUCCUGAACUGCUUGCUGCUGGAGAAGCUUCCGGACUACGCAACGGAUCAGCUCGCUCUCCGUCUGUUCAUCAUCCAGAAGUGCUUGCUUGGUGAUGACUGCCCUACCAACAUGACCUCCCAGGUUCUCAUGCAGGCCUACGACCAGGCCGGGGCUUUUUAA